AUGACAAAUGUAGAUACGGGUGUUCCAGUGAAGGGCCCCAGAAUCGAAGCAAAAGAUGCCGGGAAUCCGAGUUCACCGGAGCAUUGCCCUUUCUCCCUCUUUCUCCCUUGGCAGCUCAUAGACCGGGCCACCAACCCUCCAGAUGAGGACGACAUCAAGGCCAAGCAGAAGUCCCUGGAGGAGAGCUGGGAGGAGCUGACCUUGAUCAAAUCGGUCUCCAAGGCACAGCGGACAGACCUCGACGAGCCCCUGCUGACCCCCGUCUUGGAUGUGACCCCAAAAGAACCUGGUGGCUGCCGCCUGUCCCUGGAGGCUCCCCCUGCAGUGGGAUCAAGGCCUUUGUUGUGUCUCACACUUCAGGAGAAACUUCUCUCUUUCUACAAAGACCGUGUCUCCAUCUCUGAAGCCGAAAAGGUUCUGGGGAAACAGUUGGCGGAAGACAUCAGCACCGAGCUGCAGAACUUCCUAAAAAACAAGUCUCCGGACCUUCCCUUUGGAAGCGUGUUCCUGAGCGGCUGCCUUUGUGACGGGCUGGUCAGCCGCAACCGCUUGGAGGUCUCAUUGAUGCUCCCUUUAGUUCUGGAGCCCAGUCUUUGGAGCCUGGUUCCAGGAGAGCAGACGGUGGUGAACGACCCUCGGUUUGGGAUGGUUAAACGGACUGGUCUGGAGUACUUCCCACGUGGAAACAGCCCCUGGGACAGAUUCAUGGUCGGUGGGUAUCUCUCAUCCAAUGUGGUCAACGACGCCCUCCUUAAAAUCUUGGUGGCCUCCAUCAACUGGCCAGUGAUCGGCAGCAUGUUGGAAUGUGCCAUUCGGCCUUCAAUGGCUCCCAAGGAGCUCAAACUCGAGGUGUCGCAUGAACACGUCCAUCUGGAUGUAACUCUUUGCCCAACAGUCAAGGCUGGGGAUCAAACCUUUGUCUCCACAAGCUUAGAAGAACCUGGAGAGAACCUCUGGGAACAGAGCUUCUAUAAGGCAGAGGUUUCCAAGCUUAAAGACCUGGAUGCCUGUGAUUCCGGUGUCCGGCACUGUUGCCUCAAUGUCCUGAAGGCCAUCUUGGAAGACCAUCCCUUCUGGAGCAAAGUGGGCACCAGUCCCUUGACUCACAUCAUCCUCCAUCUGAGCCAGACUGAAUCGGACUGGUCUGAAGCCAUGUUGGCCGACAGGUUUCGGGACGUCCUGGAGGAGCUGGUCCAAUGCUUGGCGAAGGGCUUUCUCCCAUGCUUUUUUGACAACAAAGUGAACCUUCUCAGCCAUCUUCUCCCGGAAGAGGUUGAAGAGAUUGGGUGCACCCUCUAUGAGGCCUUGGCUGAGCCAGAUCUGGCCACCGCAUUCAAUUUAUAAAUGAAUGACCUGCAACGAUGACACUCUGGGAUGACAGCACUGUGGGAAUCCGGUGGCAUGGACAAUGCCCUUCUGUUGAUUUCCCCUAACAGCAUUUUUGCACCUAAUGAAAUGUAUUAAUUCUGAAGAUGUUAAAUGGACCUAGGUUGUGAAGAACUUAUUUCUAAACUCUCUGAAAUCAGC